AUGUUACAUACUUCAACACAUCAUCAAAAUUUUUCAGAGUUACCAAAACGGAAGAACGAAGAGAGAGAAAAAGGACGAAGAAAACGACCACUACCACCUGGUCGAACAAUAUACGAUCCGAACUGGGAGAAUGUAGAAUUAACCAUGCAAACAAUGGAUGCGAACUAUGGGUCACGUUUUCAAGAGUGGAUUCGUAAUGAGGAAAAUCUGCCGGCAAGUGCGCCGCGACUUAAACGAAUUGCAAAUCAAUACUCGUUCAAACGAUUAAUACCUGCGUUCAGUUAUAUUAUCAAGAGUUGGCGUAUUGUGAAUAUCGGAAAACUGUUAAAGACACUUUGUGAAGACUGGUCUGGAAACAAGGGACACGAAGAUCGCGGAAUUUUGAUUGGUCGAUUGACGGAGAAUUGGCCGUCGGAAUAUGUGGCGUCACUUGUUUGCGAUUUUCUUACGUCAAAACCAUACAUCUUAUGCGAUUCUGGUAAUGGUACGAAUCAGGAAACAAAAUUAGAGUUAAUAAAACACAAGGUGGCACUGGAUAUUUCAAAAGCGCGAUUUCUUAAAUCGUUGACACGAGAUUAUUCUCUGAAUCGAGUAAAGGCUGUUUGUUCUCGAUUAGGACCGUUCAAUAGUCGCACAGGAAUUCCAUAUGCAAAUUUUCGUGUUGAUCAACCGAUCGCUACGCAAAUCUCCGAAUUGGAAUCACCUAUGACUUCAACAAAUACAAAUAAAGAUAUCUGUGUUAUAGAUUGGCAGAUUCCGGUUGCUAUUGUUAAACUUGCAAGGCGUAGAGAACUUCAGAUUCUUCGUCAGCAAGGUGCAUUUAGUAAUAAUGAUAACAAUGAGGAUACAUACAAGCGAGCUAGACUAGAGAAUUCUACUUCAGGAAAUUCUUCAACUAGUUCUUCAACCUAUGAAUCAUCGUCAUCACUUCAACCUUCAUUAAAUUCUACAUCCCAUCCCAUCUUCGUUAUUCCAACACCGGUGCGAGCGAAUCAAUUAUUAACACUUAAUUCUCAACGACCUUAUAAUUUUGUCUUUGUAUACUCUGAUGGUCAACAAGCACAACAACAAACACCACAAACGUAUGGUUAUUCUGCUUUAGCAUUCUCCCGAUAG